AUGGCAGCCUAUGCAGCCAUAGUUUCUCUUAUGAAUACCAUCAAUCAGAUCGACCACCACCCUUCCCCUCCAAUUUCUAUCCACAAACAACAAGUUGAAUCUCUCACUCAAAUUCUUACCUUUUUGCAGGAAUUUCUUGAAAGUUAUAAGUCCGAUGGAGAUGAAGCUGAUCCGCUGGAGAUGCGUAUUGCAGAUGCAGCUCAUGCUGUUGAAGAUGUUAUCGAAUCAUAUAUUGUGAACGUGAUUAAACUGGGUAGAUCUAGUCCCAAUGAAGAAUUUCUCCAAGGCUAUGUUGUAGAUGCAGCUCAUGCGGCUGAAGAAGUGAAUUCUAGAGAGGAAGUCAGUUGCAUCGACUUCUAUGAAGAUCUACAGCAAGUGAUAGAAGAAAUGAAUGUGAUCAAGAAGGAAGCCAUGGAGACUUCAGAUGAAGCUCAGCUGCAGAGAAAGGUCUCCUCGACUCGACUCGUCUUCUUCUACAGUGAAGGAAAGCAAGAUGGUGGGCUUUGA